AUGGCUACCUCCUCCCUCUUCAACCCCACCAUUUCUUUCCCUUCUCGCAACCCCAAGCUUCAAUCCACCCCAAAAUUCCGCAACCCCAUUCUCAGAAUCCCUAAAGCUACCUCUGAUUCCUCCCCCUCUCCACCAACUGACGGCUCUCCCCCAUUGUCCACUCUCAAGAACCGUCGUUCUGCCGACGAGAACAUCAAAGAUGAAGCCCGUCGCCACUGUGCAGCCUCCGGAGAAGAUCGGAGCAAAUUCUCGGCCAAGUACGUCCCUUUUAACGCUAGCCUCGACUCCACUGAGUGCUACUCUCUCGACGAGAUCGUUUACCGAAGUCGAUCUGGUGGGUUACUCGACAUUCAACACGACAUGGAGGCAUUGAAGAAAUAUGACGGCGCCUAUUGGCGAAACCUCUUCGAUUCGCGCGUGGGGAAAACUACGUGGCCUUAUGGUUCCGGCGUUUGGAGUAAGAAGGAAUGGGUGUUGCCGGAGAUCGAUCCUGACGAUAUUGUAGGCGCUUUCAAAGGUAACUCAAACUUGUUUUGGGCUGAGCGUUUUGGCAAACAGUUUCUGGGUAUGAAUGAUUUAUGGGUUAAACAUUGUGGGAUUAGCCAUACUGGGAGUUUCAAGGAUUUGGGUAUGACUGUUUUGGUUAGCCAAGUGAAUCGGUUAAGGUAUGACUGUUUUGGCAAACACUUUCUUGUGAGAGGAACACCUUGUACAGUGUUCACAAAAUCUAACGAACCCAAGUUUGUGGAACAAAGAAAACUUCAACAAAUUUAUAAUAGGAAGAAAGUUUUAUGGAAGAAAAAUGUUUAUGAGAAAGGUUAA